AUGAGGGCCAUAUUGGUCCAACAAAGGGUUGCUAAAGCCAUUGAUGAUCCAGCACUUUUUCUAACUAAGACAUUACCUAAUAAGAUCUACCUCUUAGAGAAACUAUUUAGCUUUAAGAUGGAUAGUGGAAAAAAUUUGGAAGCUAAUUUGAGUGAUUUUAGUAUCCUAGUUAAGAGCCUUGCUCAUAAUGGAAAGAAAUUUGAUGAUGAAGACUUUGCUGUAAUUUUCCUUAAUUCCUUACCUGAUUCAUUUAAGGACAUAAAGAAUGCUAUAAAAUACUCAAGAGAUGCUCUAACACAAACCAUUGUUACUAAUGCUUUAAGACUUCGGGAAUUGGAGAUCAGAAAGAAUCUAAAACAAGUACAAGAGAGGAGAACAUGUUUGUGA